CGAAUUGGAUCAGCGGCAGAGAUGAGCGUGAUGAAGUUCUGCCGCGAAUGCAACAAUGUUCUGUAUCCGAAGGAGGACAGGGAGCAAAGGAUCCUCCUCUUCGCCUGCCGGAACUGCGAUCACCAGGAGGUUGCCGAUGACUGUGUCGCCUAUAGAAUGGAGAUAAAUCAUUCUGUUGGUGAACGCUCUCAAGUGCUACAGGAUGUAGCAGCUGAUCCAGCUCUCCCUCGCACAAGGAAUGUCAGAUGCGCAAAUUGCAAUCACCCAGAAGCUGUAUUCUUUCAGGCACCAUCAAAGGCGGAGGUGGGCAUGGCACUGUUCUUCAUUUGCUGCAACCCAAACUGCGGGCAUAGGUGGAGAGAUUGAUGAGGUCGAAACCAACCUGCCAUUACUGCUUGUGCUAACUCAACCCCAGAUUGGAUAAUUGGAUCAAAUUCGCUAUCCUAUUCUGGUUUGCAUAUGAGGUUUUCUUCUGAACAUGCAUCUACUAGGACAUAGAAACUUGGAUGGUUUUACUACUGCUCAAAGAGUAUAUAUGCAGAACCAGCAUCUGUAGCUGUCUACAUUCUCUUAUCUUGCAUGGGAUGGCCUUUCUGUGCUCUUAGUUUUACCA